GGGGGAGGUAGCAGAUCGCGGCCUGGCAGCCAGGCACCGGCGGAAGCGGCCGCAGGCUCAGUGUCUGAAACUUGGAGUGACGAAACAUGUCUCAGUCAGGUGAAAAAGUAAAGUUUUCCGACUCAGCAGGCUAUGUGGGAUUUGCUAAUCUGCCCAACCAGGUUCACAGGAAAUCUGUGAAGAAGGGCUUUGAAUUCACACUGAUGGUGGUUGGUGAGUCUGGCUUGGGAAAAUCCACAUUAAUUAACAGUCUGUUCCUGACUGAUCUUUAUCCAGAACGUUAUAUUCCUGGAGCUGCAGAGAAAAUAGAGAGAACAGUUCAAAUCGAAGCUUCUACAGUAGAGAUAGAGGAGCGAGGGGUGAAACUGCGUUUAACAGUAGUUGACACACCAGGAUAUGGAGAUGCCAUUAACAGCCAGGACUGCUUCAAAACAAUUAUCCAGUACAUUGACAACCAGUUUGAAAGAUACCUUCAUGAUGAGAGCGGUCUAAACAGGCGCCACAUUAUAGACAACAGAGUCCAUUGCUGUUUUUACUUCAUCUCUCCCUUUGGGCAUGGGCUGAAACCAUUAGAUGUAGAAUUCAUGAAGGCUCUUCAUGGAAAAGUCAACAUUGUCCCUGUGAUUGCCAAGGCUGACACACUGACGCUGAAGGAGAGGGAAAGGCUGAAGAGAAGAGUUCUGGAUGAGAUUUCUGAACAUGGCAUUAGGAUUUAUCAGCUCCCUGAUGCAGAUUCUGAUGAAGAUGAGGAGUUUAAAGAACAAACCAGAGUUUUAAAGGCUAGCAUUCCCUUUGCUGUUAUUGGAUCCAAUCAACUUAUUGAGGUGAAAGGGAAAAAAAUCAGAGGCCGUCUGUAUCCCUGGGGAGUUGUUGAAGUUGAAAAUCCAGAGCACAAUGAUUUCCUUAAACUGCGCACAAUGCUGGUAACGCACAUGCAGGACCUGCAGGAGGUGACCCAAGAUUUGCACUAUGAGAACUUCCGUUCGGAGAGGCUAAAACGAACUGGCAAGCCUGUUGAAGAAGAAGUAGUAGACAAGGAUAGAAUCCUCCAGCAGAAAGAGGCUGAGCUGCGCCGCAUGCAGGAGAUGAUUGCACAGAUGCAAGCCCAAAUGAGGAUGAAGCCUGGUGAUGAUUAAGAUGCUUAACAUCUGGAUGCAUCAGCAGUAUACAGUUCUCUAAGUGGAUGGGUGCUCUCUUUUCUUUGACCGAAUGGUAACGUUCAAAUGCAAAAGCUGGAUGCCGCAGAUCAAGACCUGCAUUAAAACAAACACAAAGUCUGAAGAUCAUGUUGUAAAACAGCUUGUUUUAUAUAUUCAACGUUAAUCAAGUUAUAUUGUAUCUUUUUUGAUUUUUUUGGUAACACUGUCUUCAUACUUAUAAAUGUGGUUUUAUUAUCCUUCCUAUACCUUUUUAUACAGAAAUUGAUAGAGUACACUGUUUGGACUAGUCAUUGUGAUGGAUUUAAGGAGUUAAUCGUGUAUCUGCUAGGUUAUUCUCAACAGUUUCGUGAUUAAUACUAAAAGACUUUGUGGCCUGUUUACAGUAAACGUAUGUGUGUUUGCACAGUAUCAUAACUUUCACUUGCCAUUUUAAGUAAUUGUGUAUUGUAUCAGUUUUUCAUAACUUUCUCUGUGCUUUGGUUACUUUUGAAGCUUCAUCUCUGGUGAUUUAUAUUUGUGUGAUGUAUGAGAAAAUGUACAAAACACUGAUGAUUCACCAGUGAUGCAAAGAAGCUGACUUUUCUAAAUCAUCGUGCCUUAACAUACCAUAAACACUACGCAUGCCAACAACUGCUUUGGAUGCCUCUGAAGAUUUGUCUUCAGGUCUCAAGUAUUGAUUGCAAGAAUUUCUGUCACAGGCAUUUUAUCUGUCAGCUGAGUGAUGGCAUGUACUGAAUUUUUUAUAUACCAUAACACUAAUUUUCAUUGAAGUUUUGUAAUAAAUUGUACGAAUGUGGAAAAUGUUGCAUUUUGGGGUGGUUUUUGUUGUUUUUUUUGAUUUUGGUUUUUUCAAGCUAAUCUAUGAAAUGUAGUGGCGUCGUGCACAGUGCAUAUUCAAAGGAAUCAUAAUAUUUACCCUGGGGAAUGAAGGCAUUUUCUAGAAUUUGUCUACAUACAAACUGCUUUGAUUUCAUUUCAAAACAGCUUUAAAAGUGUUUUAACUGCAAGUUAGGUAGCAAGACUUUGCAUCCACUUUUUUUUCCCCAAAGUUCAUUAGGCACCCAGUGACAUCUUUUAGAUGGGUAAAUACCUUGGAAAAUCUGAUCGCACACCUUACGUUUAUAAAUUCAUAAAUGUUGCUGUUUCCUUUAUGUCAUUACUGACUGUAUAGCUCUCUUCCACAUGCUUUUGUAGUCUUGCAUGUAUUAUAUGUGU